ACCCAAACAGGAUGGUCGAGGUGCAUACCAGCACCCGGCGACAACAGGUGCUUCCUGGUGACCAGUCUGGUGCCCAGAAACCACCUGUGGUCUCCAAACAGCCUGGCCAGGAGGGGUAGUACUAUCCAACCAGACACCUUCCGACCGCACCACCUUCCCCCCGACCCGGUCCUACGUUCCACGUCCGGGGCAGAGUCACAAAGCGGAGCACGAAGAAGCGGUGCACGAAGCAUUCGGGGGGGUGCUUGGACCGGUCGCCACCUUCCAACUCAGUCCGACUUGCUCAGUGAGAGCCGUGGAUGGUGAAUGGGUAUUUGGAGCACUUCAUUUCCUGAGGCUGCAUGAUCAGGCAUGUUGAAGCUCUAUGAACCUGUGGCCUUGGGAUCAAGAAACCCUUGGUGCACAAGCGGAGUCACAGCGGGCCUUGCGGUGUGCUUGACCUGCGGCGGGAGCGCCCGCCCAGCGACGCCCCCUACCUCCAGAUCGAGCCGCAGUUCACAGCAUGUGCACAGGCAUUGAGGCCUAGGGAUGCCAGUGCACAACCCAUGCCCGGGAACGUCAAAGAUCCAGGAGAGCAACGCAGUCAACCAGAAGAUCACCUAAAGCUGGGGACUCCCGACCUCCCGAAGCACCCGACAGCCCCUCCACCCCUGGGGGAACUCCCCACCCAGCCACCCCAGCCGGCUCGCCCGUGCCACGGCCCCAUGUCGGCCACCGCGGUGCCGUGGCACGUGCUGAGCGUGAUCCGAGAAGCCUGCGUGCUGCCCGCGGAGCAGAGAUCUGAAGAACAGAUCGACGCCAUCCUCUCCUUCGUCCAGGACGUGGCCUUCUUCGCGGAGCUGCCCUCGGCGCAACGCCGCAAGCUCUGCGAGGUGAUCAGCCUGGAGACCUUCCAGAGCCGCAGUAAGAUCUUCGAUAUUGGCGACCAUGGGGAUAAGUACUACAUCAUCCUCACUGGCGCCGUGAUGGUCCAAACGCUGCAAGAAAAGGCGGCCGACGACUGGACCCCUGCAGAGGAGUCGAUGGAGACGGUGGCGCAGCUCAAGGAAGGCCACGGCUUUGGUGAGCUGGCGCUGCAAGACACGAGCCUGCGGCAAGCCACAGUCAUCACCACGAACUUCACGGAGUUCCUGGUGACGCGCCGGGAACACUACCAGCAGUUCGCCCGCGCCGAGCACCAGCAGUUCGUGAAGGCGCGCGUGGCCUUCCUCCGGCAAUGCCCCCGGAUGCUGCGUGCCAUCGCCAUGUCGGAGGUCACCGAGCAGGAGGUGAAGGUCAUGGCGCAGUGCCUCCGCGAGAAGUCCCUCCGCACGAGGGAUGUGCUGUGCAAGCAGGGUGAGCCGGUGGAGUUUCUGCUGCUGGUGCGCUCGGGCUUCUUAAUGAAACUGCGGGCAGUAGAGGCGGAGCGAGAGGACGCUUCUCCCACACCACCCGCUGCUGAGCUUCGCCCCGUGCGCAGCUCCCUCCACACGGGGCUUCCCUCCCGACCCUCGCAGUCCCGGGCAUCCAGUCUUCGUUGGGGCGCCGCGAGCAGUGUGUCGAAGUCCUCGGAUGCAGGGUCCAAAUGGAGCCGAGCGCCGAGUGGCAAGCUUCUGCACCUGGGCUCGUUGCCCGCCUUCGCCUGUUAUGGCGCCUAUGAGCUGGCGCAGGCCGUGGACGAGGACGCCAAGAGCGUGGUGUCCACCAAGAGCAAGCCCGCGGUGUCUUUGGCAGUGUGGCCAUUCAGCCUGGUGGCCGAGAGCACUGCGGAGGUGUACCUGUGGCUUGGACCUGCGACGGACCCUGGCGAAAAAGCUGGUCGCCGCGCUGGUGGAGUUGUCCCAGGAGAUGCACUAUAGCGAUGCGUGGCUCCUGCAGAUGAUGCGGCAAACCGAGCGCUGGGAUGCCUACAAGCACGACAUGGUCCUGCGCGUGGGCGGACAGGACUUCAUAGAUCCCUUAGAGCGCUUGGGCCUGAAGGAUGAGGCCUUUAAAGUCUCGCCCAAGAUUGUUUUGACCCCUCGCGAAGAGGAGUUCUACAGCGACACGGCCUCGCCCCAGCUGCGGAGGCUCAAGGCGAUGAAGAAGGAUCGGCACUUCCAACAGCUGCUGCAACGGAGCGGGCCACCUUCCAGCGGUGGAGGCUCCGACGCGGCGACGUAUCUGACGUUGGGCGAUUUCAGCACCCGGGCCUAUGCUCAGCCGCGACCUUGGGAUCCCUCCAUCUUCUUCGUCAAGCACUGGUCGGCGGUCUCCAACGACAAGACCACUGGCCUUGACAUCGACCUCAGUAGUCCUGUGGGAAGCCCCACCUGCAGCCCCACCAGCACGCUGCGGCCGCGCGAUGCUCCGCGGGGGGCCCGGCCAUGUUCUGGGCACACCCAGGC